AAUGGAUUACCACCUGCUUGGAUUAAUUUUAUCUUUUCUCUUCAAUGGCACAAAGGUCUUAGCCGGUUACCCAAUUUGGUGGUCCCUUGCAUUAGGCCAGCAGUACAGCUCCCUGGGGUCCCAGCCCAUCCUUUGCGGCUCCAUCCCUGGCCUUGUCCCCAAGCAGCUCCGCUUCUGCCGGAACUACAUUGAAAUCAUGCCCAGUGUGGCUGAGGGGGUGAAGCUGGGCAUCCAGGAGUGCCAGCACCAGUUCCGGGGCCGCCGCUGGAACUGCACCACCAUUGAUGACAGCCUGGCCAUCUUUGGGCCAGUCCUGGACAAAGCCACACGAGAGUCCGCCUUUGUCCACGCCAUUGCAUCGGCAGGGGUGGCCUUUGCUGUAACCCGCUCCUGUGCCGAGGGCACCUCCACCAUCUGCGGCUGCGAUUCCCACCACAAAGGGCCUCCGGGAGACGGAUGGAAAUGGGGAGGAUGCAGCGAGGAUGCUGACUUCGGAGUGCUGGUGUCGCGGGAGUUCGCGGAUGCGCGAGAGAACCGGCCAGACGCCCGUUCUGCCAUGAACCGGCACAAUAACGAGGCCGGCAGGACGACCAUUCUGGAUCACAUGCACCUCAAGUGCAAGUGCCAUGGCCUUUCGGGAAGCUGCGAGGUCAAGACGUGCUGGUGGGCCCAGCCAGACUUCCGGGCAAUCGGGGACUACCUGAAGGAUAAAUACGACAGCGCCUCCGAGAUGGUUGUGGAAAAGCAUCGGGAAUCUCGGGGAUGGGUCGAAACUCUUAGGGCCAAGUACGCUCUUUUCAAGCCACCAACAGAGCGGGAUCUGGUCUACUAUGAGAACUCCCCCAACUUCUGCGAGCCCAACCCAGAGACGGGCUCCUUUGGGACCAGGGACAGGACAUGCAACGUCACCUCCCAUGGGAUCGAUGGCUGCGACCUGCUGUGCUGUGGUCGUGGCCACAACACCAGGACUGAGAAGCGGAAGGAGAAGUGUCACUGCAUCUUCCACUGGUGCUGCUACGUGAGCUGCCAGGAGUGCAUACGUGUCUAUGACGUCCAUACCUGCAAGUAA